AUGCUGCCAGCACGCUUGACCCGCAGCUGCCUACGCAGCUGCAGCGGCCUCCACUCCGCCCGCACCUUCAGCACCUCCUCUAUCGUCCGCAGCGCCGACAACCCCAUCCCCGCCAACGACCCCAAAGACCGUUCCACACCUUCGCCCGUCAGCAGCACCAAUGCCAUGCCCUUGAGCAGCGAAGGCAACAUGGACAAGCCGUUGCAAGAGUCUGUUGCCGAGGGUGAGGAGCGCAGAACCAUGCAAGCACCCAACAGAGAAGGUGUUUGGAGCCGCAGCCAGCAGGCUAGAGAGAAGGCUAUGGUUGGACCUAGAUUCGAGCAGAUGAUCAUGUAUGAUCAGCCUCGCCCUAUGGCAGCCAUCGAGCUCAUCCACAAGCAACCCGUCCGCUGGGUCAAGGAGCGCACCGUCAAGUGCGACGGCGGCGGCGGUCCCCUCGGCCACCCUCGCAUCUUCAUCAACGUCGACAGACCCCAAAUAUGCUGGUGCACCUACUGCGGUCUUCCUUACGUGAGUCUCCACACAUCAGACCCUUUGUCCGCAGAAAACCAACAACGUGCAAUUCUAACGUUGUUUUUUUCCAAAAACAGGNCCAAGGAGUCCAACCGCAAGAUGCUCGAGUCUCUGCCUUCGACUUCCUACCCUCUUGAGCCUACUGGACACGAGGCAGAGGUUCCCAAGGGAUACCAGAGCAACACUGGAAAGCCUUUGGAACAGCGAUAG